AUGUCAGAAGUCGGAACUGUCAACCAGCGCAUCAGAAGUCUGGCAGAAGAAAAUCCUCAGCAACAGUGCUACAAAUUCAUCAGCGUGAAGAACGAGAUUCUACCGUUGUCACGGCAACAGCUGUUUGAUCUGAGUCGUCGUUUUGCUAGUCGUCUUAAACGACUUGGUGUCAAGAAAGGAGAUGUGAUCUGUUCCGUCCUCAUCAACUCAAGGUCAAGGAUACUAACUGACAUGGGCAUUUUGAUGGCUGGCGGUGUUGUUCAAACUGGAUUGCCAGUUUUGUCUGACGGUCAAGAUUUAUUUGGAGCCCUGAGACAUUCCAACUGUUCCAUGGUCAUCACGUCCAGCGCGAGCCCAACAGCCAAUAUCUUUGAGAGAUACGGUCUGUCUAGUAGUGUGGGGGAGAAAGGGAAUGUAGAGACCAUCAUCCCAGUACAGUGUGACCAAGCCCCGUGUCUGAAACAGCUGAUCGUGUACACGUUAAACAGCCACGAAGACCACACAGCUUUCAUCUCUUCUCUCGCUGAUGAAGACUUUUACGAGGCAGACGUCAAUGCUGAUGACGAGGCUUACAUUUUCAUGACUUCCGGCAGCACCGGAUUUUCUAAGAUGAUACCAAGAACUCACAGAGAAUGUCUUGAUCUGGCUGACAACCACUGCCGUAUCUUCACCAAAGAUGACGUCUUGUACAGUGAUCGCCGUUUCGGCUGGCUUGUUGGGUUCCCCCAUUUUUACCUGACCCACGGGAUCCCGACCCUACUCCAGGAAGUGUUUGAUGGGGUCACCAUGAGGACGGUGGCUGAGAUCUGGGGCAUUGUGCUCAACCUGGGAGCUACAUUUUCAUUCUUGCCAGUACCUGACGUCUUAAUGCUGAAACAGCAUUACGGCGAUAACGUUUUACAGAAGUCAAUCAAGGUCAUCAUGACUGCGGGUCAACCAAUCAAAAAGAAUGUUGUUGCUGUAGUGGGUCAGGUAUGUGAUGUGAUGAUGACUGCCUAUGGCUCGACUGAUACAGGAGUAGUAACAUAUGGGCUCAUUACUGUACACAACAAGCAAAAUGUCCUGUUUAUGUCCCCCACAGGUAGGACUGUACUGCGGCGAUAUCUGAACGUGGAGACUACAACAUCUGACAUGUUCACCAAAGAUGGCUGGCUAGACACUAACGAUGCUGGCUAUAUGGAUGAUAAAGGUGGAUUGUACGUCAUUGGACGUCAAUCUGACGUCAUUACCGUCGGCCCAUAUAACAUGUACCCGCAGUGGAUGGAGGAGAGGAUUCAGAAGUGUCCAGGUGUGCAGUCAGUUGUGAUUGUAGGACUGCCCCACCCAGUGACCAGCCAGGAGCUGUGUGUUUGUGUCAUCAAGGAGAAGGACGCGACCUUGACCCUGGCCGAGCUGGAGACCUUCUGUCGGGGCAUGUUCUUGCCGGGGGCCACCAAGUUUGACGGGGUGCCGGAGAGGUUAGCCAACAUUAUCCUGUUUGGUUACCCUAAGCUUUGUGGGCAUUUAAUCAAAAGGCCAAAAGUUAAAACUUUAUAA